CGACGACUCUCGUCAGGCUCCCAGAAUUAAACUUCGAGCAUUGGGUUCUAUUUGUUACCUCCAACUGUUGACAACAGGAAACACACAAAAGGCUACACUUGCUGACUUUUAGAGAGAGUACAGUAAAGGACUUCAAUUAAAUCUCUUGGGAAUGGAUCCUGUGUGAAAGCAAGAAGCUAUUGUGAUAAACAUGGCGUCUCACAGCUCCAAGAGGUGUGCGACUGUGAAGAAAAAGUUUGUUCUUAAGACGAAGCCACCUGAACCUGUGGUGGAAUACGUUACACCUGGGGGCUAUGAGCUGGAGAAGAUCCUUAACCGUGACUGCAUGGAGUACACUCACAUCAACCAGGUCUGGCCCAACGUCUGGAUUGGAGAUGAAGAGAGUGCCAAAGACAAAUACAACCUGAAGAAAUUGGGCAUGACCCACAUCCUGAAUGCAGCAGAGGGGACGUGGAAUAAUGUGGACACGGGAGCGGAGUACUACAGCGACAUGGACGUGAUCUACUAUGGGGUCGUGGCGGAGGAUACUCCAACCUUUGACCUUAGCCAGUACUUCUUUUCUGCAGCCCAGUUCAUCGAUCAAACACUCAACAUACCUGAAAAUAAGCUGCUGGUGCACUGUGUGAUGGGGAGAAGUCGGUCAGCCACCCUGUUCCUGGCCUACCUGAUGAUCUGUAAGAACAUGACUGUGGUUGAUGCCGUGGACCACGUGAAGCGACGCAGGCGUAUCAUCCCCAACUGGGGCUUCCUGAAACAGCUCAGGCAGCUGGACACUUACCUCUUAGAACAGAGGGACGAAGUGACGACUGUCAAGGGAAAAGGAGAAGAAAAGGACAAGGAAAGAGAGGAGGAUGAAUAGAAGGAUCAAAUGUGAUCAAUGCACCCUGAGAAAAUGGAAAUGUAUUUCAUUUAGAUCAUUUGGUUCCACAAGAAAUGUGUACAUUGAAAAAAAAAAAGGUCAAACAAGUAGGUUUCCUAGUACUUCAAAAAUAC